AUGUUAUUGUGUCAUCCAAGGGUCAGACCUCCUCUGUUCCGACUGUUGCAACUGUUUUUUCAACAGAAGAUUUUUGGUGCUAGUGAUGUCCUACUUCAAGUGUCUAAUCUUCAGUCAAGAGUCAUCACUAUGAAUCUCUCAUUGGUUGGUUGGGGCCUUCCUUCGGGUUCAAAUUUGAUCUAUGUGGAAACAUCUAACAUGACUCCCGAUUUCGGGAAUAAUGCUUUGCUAGAGCUCGCUUCUACUACUCCUCCGAACACUUCGCAACAAAUUGAUAAGGAGAGUCAUGAUAGAGCUCAUACAUGCCUGAUGGAAGGGAUGCAUUUUCUCAAUGAAGUUUCUGCUUGCACUCGGAUUUGUGCGCAAAUUCUUGCCUCGAAACAGUUACAUAUUGAGGAAUUCUUUCAGGCUAUGAAAAAUUUGUGA